GUGAAAGAGUGCAACAAGAAAUCGUGGUAAAAUGUUAUGGGGGACGCGGUGCCAGCCAACGGCUUACUAUAUAAACAACUGACAUUUACAUCUCAUGCUUUAGUUCCACUGUGGAUAUAAUCAAUAAACUAAAGCACAGACAACAACCUUUCAUUUUUUUUCAAAUGAGAUUUUCCUAUCCCACCAAUUCAGUGGUUGUUACUUGUGUGUAAACUACUGUACUAAAUAAAUUUACGACCAAGUGAAGUAAAGCUCAAAUCGAAUAGCAUCUCAUUAAAAGCUAGCAAAUCUAACCCAGAGAUAUGAGUGGACGUGACAAUCGUGGUAGCGGGCAUCACCAGCCUCUAAGCAAUGCCAUGGGAAAAAUUAAGGACAGAUUAUCAAGGGAGGAUCAACCUUAUCAGAGGGUUGAUUUGGACGAGGGAACGACAUUAUCAACCUCAAAUACAGCUACCAGUCUGGAUACAAUAUUACCGGAGGAUCCAUUUUUAUUUUCUCCACGUAACAGACCAACAGCUGGACAUCAGCAACCACAUCAGCAGCAGCAGCAAAAGCAACAGAGGCGCUUUGAAACAGAAAUACCUUUGCAGUUUGGUCCCAUUAUUGAUGCAGAUGAUAUUAAUGAGCCUCCAUUACCAGUGAGCUCUAAGACAACAAAAUCGCAAGAACCAGCCCCCCUACCAUUACCGCCUCCACCAACAUCGCAACACUCGCAUCGGGAUCAUCACACACGCAGUGUUGUUUCAAUACCCAACGAAGAAUUGCAACGCAGUAAGCAAUCACUCAAAGGCUCGCGCGUAUCAUUUGAGAAACGGCGUGGUGGUAACGAAAGCAGCGAUGAUGAUAGUUUUGAAGAAAAACGGUCGGGUUUUCAACAGCAAAAAGCUGUGAGUGUAGACCACAAGGGUAUACUUAAGGAUCUUAGGACUAUUUUGGCCAAUGACAAUCGCCGCCAAUUUCAAGCCAAAAAGCACGUAUCAUUAGAUCUAAAGGGAACACGUUAUUUGAAAGAUCUGCUAAAAGAAUCUUCGUCUGAAGAAGAGUUUCGUAAAAAUCGUCGCGAAUUUCAGGGUCGUAAACACCAAAGCUUAGAUCCUCGUGUUAGUUUCAAAUUGGAAAAAGUGCUGCAAGGUUCAAGUGAGGAUAGUGACGAAGAGAAUGAUGACGUUGAACAAAAACGUUUAAUACACCGUCCCAAAGACAUAACAAAGCCAUUGGUUAUUGAUUUAAAAGAUUUUGAAAGUGAAAGCGAAGACGAUUACGUUUCUUCAAGGCAGCACUUUCAACAGCAACGCUCCAUCAGUACCGAUUCCAGAAAAAGCAUACGUUUUUACGAAAUGGACGAAAUGGGUCAUAAAAAGGGUGAAAAUUUGCGCAGUGCCGUACCUUUUGUGAGACAAAUCACAGAAGAUGGUAAACCAAAAUUGGAAGUUUACAGACCUACCACGAAUCCCAUCUAUAUAUGGACUCAGGUACUAGCUGCAUUCAGUGUCUCUUUGGGUUCUUUGGUGGUGGGGUUUGCCUCAGCAUAUACGUCGCCCGCCCUAGUUUCCAUGACGGAUCGUAACAUAACGUCUUUUGAAGUAACAACACAAGAUGCUUCUUGGGUUGGUGGUCUUAUGCCUUUGGCUGGUUUAGCUGGUGGCAUAUCGGGUGGUCCUUUCAUUGAAUACCUGGGUCGUAGGAACACCAUACUUGCUACCGCAGUACCGUUUAUAAUAUCAUGGCUACUCAUUGCUUGUGCUGUAAAUGUUGGCAUGGUUUUGGCUGGACGUGCUUUGGCUGGAUUUUGUGUUGGUAUUGCAUCUUUGUCAUUGCCAGUUUACCUUGGUGAGACUAUACAACCGGAAGUUCGUGGCACAUUGGGUCUGUUACCGACAGCCUUCGGCAACAUUGGUAUUUUGGUGUGUUUCGUAGCGGGCACUUUCAUGGAUUGGUCGAAGUUGGCGUUCUUAGGUGGUGCGUUGCCAGUACCAUUUUUGGUAUUAAUGUUCCUCAUUCCGGAAACGCCACGCUGGUAUGUCUCCCGAAAUAGAGAAGAAAGAGCUCGCAAGGCAUUGUCUUGGUUACGCGGCAAAGAAGCGGACGUGGAGCCAGAACUAAAGGGUUUGAUGCGUUCUCAGGCAGACGCAGAUCGCCAAGCGACGAAAAAUCAGUUUAUGGAGCUGCUUAAACGCAACAAUCUGAAACCACUUUCCAUAUCUCUUGGUUUAAUGUUUUUUCAACAAUUUAGUGGCAUUAACGCAGUAAUCUUCUAUACAGUACAAAUAUUUAAAGACGCCGGCUCAACAAUUGAUGGAAAUAUUUGCACCAUUAUUGUGGGUGUGGUGAACUUUAUAGCAACCUUUAUUGGUAUCGUUUUAAUAGAUCGUUUAGGCAGAAAGAUCCUUUUAUACAUUUCGGAUGCAGCUAUGAUUGUUACACUUUUUGUAUUGGGCGGCUUUUUCUAUUGCAAAGCAAGUGGCAUGGAUGUUUCAAACGUUGGCUGGCUACCUUUAGCAAGCUUUGUCGUUUAUAUAUUGGGUUUUUCUUUGGGAUUCGGUCCCAUACCUUGGCUAAUGAUGGGUGAAAUUUUGCCCGCCAAAAUUAGAGGUUCAGCCGCCUCCGUAGCUACUGCAUUUAAUUGGUCAUGUACAUUUAUUGUUACCAAAACCUUCCAAGAUAUGAAUCUAUUGGCGGUCACGGAGCUUUCUGGUUGUUUGGCGUUAUAUGCUUCAUAGGCAUGUUCUUUGUUAUUCUAUAUGUACCUGAGACCCAGGGCAAAUCUUUAGAAGAUAUUGAACGUAAAAUGAUGGGACGUGUAAGACGUAUGUCAUCCGUAGCUAAUAUUAAACCACUAUCAUUUAAUAUGUAAAAGAGAAAAACGAAAAAACUAGAAAUAUCUUGAUAUUGUAUACUAGAUUGCUCCUCUCAUUCAUUACCCAUUAAAACAAUACAUACAAACAUAUAUUAUUUAGAACAUAGAUACAUACAUACAUAAUUAAAAACCAAAAAUUAAUGUAAGUAUUUAGUUAAGCGAUUUUGUCAAAUUAUAAAAGCUAUAGUUACAUGCAUACAUACAUACAUAGUAUGUAUUUUUAUAUACAUUUAAUGUAUACGAAAAUACGUUUUGAAAGCUAAGAUUUUCCUCAUUUAACUGACGAGUAAAUUAUACAAUGUAAUUGGUAAAUUACGUUGCUUUAAUCAUUUUUAAAUAAUUAUUAUUUAUAUACAUAUGUAUUGACAAGAGAAUUUUUUAUUAUUGUAGUUUCUAAUAAAUCAUUAUAUUGUGUUUUAAUUAAAUAAAGACUUUUAAGUUCUAAACGUGAGAUAUUCCAUGUCAAACUAA